UAAACCUAUUGUGACAACGUUUAAACCUAUUGUGACAACGAUUAAACCUAUUGUGACAACGUUUAAUCAUACUGUAGCAACGUUUAACCCUAUUGUAACAACAGAAAUGGCAACAGCAAGACACAUUUCAAUACCAUCUGGACUGCCAAUUGAUUUCAGUCAUCUUUUUGAAGUAAGAGAGGAAAAAACAACUACGAAAACGUCAAUGUCUGAACAUUCAACACAAACGCCUAUCAGCUCAACAAAAAGUCCAUUGGUAAUCUCAGAAUAUGUAACGAUGAGUGCACCAGUGCAAUCUACAUCUACCGUAGGAACGCCUGCAACGUUGAAAACGUCAGUAACUACAACAUCGGAAAUACCUACAACAACAACGACGGAAGUACCUACAACAACAACGGAAAUACCUACAACAACAACAACGACGGGAAUACCUACAACAACAACGACGGAAGUACCUUCAACAACAACGGAAGUACCUACGACCACAACAACAGAAGUACCUUUAACAACAGCUACAACAACGGAAGAACCUACAACCACAACAACGGAAGUACCUACGACCACAACAACGGAAGUGUAUACAACCACAACAUCAGAAAAACAUUCAACCACAACAUCAGAAAAACAUUCAACAACAACAACAACAACAACGGAAGUACCUACAACCACAAUAACGGAAGUACCGACAACCACAACAGCGGAAGUACCUAUAACAACAACAACAACAACAGAAAUACCUACAACAACAUCAGCGAAAGUACCUCCAACCACAUCAACCAAAACAACUGAAAUACCUACAACUAUGUUUUCAAAAAUACCAAUUUCUUCCCCAUUGAAUUUACCUUAUACUACGACCACCCCAAAUUUUAUAACCAAAGGACCAGAAAUCAUUAAAAGGGGUGAUAACAUUCCUACAACUACUGAACAAAUACAAAUGAAACAUAGUUUGAAAGUGAUGGGGAUACCAUUAUAUCUACCUAUGAUAGGUGAGAAUCAACCGACAACACCAGAAACCAGAACAAUAAAAGGUGUAUUCGUUCAUAUUCCGGUCACAACAGAACUAACAUCAGACCAAACUGAGAGGAAUUCUUUAAACAUUACUUUUUCAUCAAAUAAUAAAACAGAAUUUUCGACAACAAGGUCAAUGAUUGAAAAUAACGAGCAAACUUCAACGAUGCUGACAUCAAGCGAGUUCACUACAUUGUUAUCAACUUCAUCUCCGGAGGAGUUGACAACAGAAAAACCAAUUUCAGAGGAGUCAACAAUAAUAUCCACUGCUGCAGAAAACCAAACAGAAAUACCAGCAACUUCACCUUUAGAAGAGUCUAACACAAUAUCAUCAACUCCAUAUUCAAAUGUACCAACAGAAAUACAAGAAAUUUACUCUACAAAGAAAGCUGUAAUGACCCCAUCAACAUCAACUCUGUUACCUAGUAGCACAACAUUGAAAAGUACUACAGCUUCAUCAACUACUUUAAGUACGACUGAUUUGACAACGGAUGAAACAGUGGAUAGUUCCACAACACCAAUAACUAUCAGUACAUCAACACUGUCUUCAACAACAGAAAGGGAUUUGGAUGCUUCUACAUUUCCCUCAAAUAUUUCUACAGAACUAUUCAACAUUAUCCAGGAAGCAACUACAACUAGGACAACACAAGAUUUAUUUUCUACAACCCGUAUCACUUCCAAUACUUCAACAACGACUGAUUCCGAAAUGAUUACAACUCAAACGAUAGUUGCAUCGACAAAUACUUCAACAACGACUGAUUCCGAAAUGAAUACAACCCCAGCGAUAGUUUCAACGACAAAUACUUCAACAACGACUGAUUCCGAAAUGAAUACAACCCCAACAAUAGUUUCAACGACAAACACUUCAACAACGACUGAUUCCGAAAUUAAUACAACUCCAGCGAUAGUUUCAACGACAAAUACUUCAACAACGACUGAUUCCGAAAUUAAUACAACCCCAACAAUAGUUUCAACGACAAAUACUUCAACAACGACUGAUUCCGAAAUGAUUACAACUCAAACGAUAGUUGCAUCGACAAAUACUUCAACAACGACUGAUUCCGAAUUGAAUACAACCGCAACGAUAGUUGCAGCGACAAAUACUUCAACAACGACUGAUUCCGAAAUGAUUACGACUCCCACGACAGCUGCGACGACAAAUACUUCGACAACGACUGAUUUCGAAAUUAUUACGACUCCAACGAUAGCGGCAACAACAUUAACAACUUUCUUUACUCGUCCAACAACGACAACAUCCGGGCAAACAACAACCAGUAAGAACCCAACAACAGAGGUAAAAAUGAUGUUUCCAGAUCACGUUAUCAGAAUGUUUCCAUCUUCUACUAUGAAACCUGCGAACAUGGUACCACACAAUUGCAUCACUAUGGGGUGUCCGAAAGGUAGAGCGUGCUUAUCAGAUCAAAACACUCUUUGUUUUAAAGGCGAAAAAGCAAGUACAUGUUUCUGCAAACCUGGAUGUAGACAUGAGAAUAUGUACAUUGAAUUAGGACAGCCUGUUGUCAUGGACCGUUGUGGCAAUUUGUGUUAUUGUGGCAAAGGCGGAUUGACAGCAUGUACGAAAAUUCCAUGUGAAAAGAGCAGAUAUGUAAUAACAACACCAAACCCAUUUAAACCAGUUGAGUUUAAACCGGAUGUAAAGGAUAGAGGACCGACUAGGGGCGAUUCACCUUAUUUCUAUGUAGACAAUACGAAGUCCAAGUCAAUAAAAGUUCAUGGAUUACAUUUCCCAGAUCAGCUGUUGGCGUGGUUGUCGCCGUUUUCGUCAGAAUUCAGGGAAAGUCUUCCCUCGUCUGGAAUAAAGGCCAUUCCAAUUGAAAAUCUAUUUAAAACUUGAAACCUCAGUGUAAAAAAAAAGUUGGAAAACAGACAAGGUUUCAGGUUCAAGUUUUAAUGGUUUAUCCGCCGCUAUUAUAAACCAUUGUUUGCUUGCCAAGCUAUGUUUUGUGGAGAUAGACUGGAUGUAAGCGGCUGGGCCGCUGAUCUCUGUUCUUGUAACGUUUUUAUGUUCGUGACUCUAUAAAUGAGAACAAUGUGUUACUUUCUGUCGUUAACUGGUGUAAUUCUCGUUUCAUAAAAUGAAGUUAUUUAUUGUUUGAACAAAUUUGCAGGAUAAUUCGAUUUCAUUGUUGACAAACAGAUGACAAUAGUCCCAUUUUAUUAUCUUUGUACAAAUUAUUAAUAAAAUCCUUAAGAUUUAG